AAAAUUAUUCACUUGCUCCGUAAGUAUCUUAAUUCACCUUUUACUUUCUUCAUGAACAAUCCCUGGACAAAUUCUCCAGAGGAGAUUCUUGCCCACUUUAAUGUGGAGCCAUCCCGUGGUCUUUCUUCAGCACAGGCUGCGAAGCAUGCAGAAAUCUACGGAAAGAACGAGCUUCCUGACGAUCCAGCGACUCCUCUGUGGGAGCUCAUAUUGGAACAAUUCAAAGACCAGCUAGUGCUGAUUCUUCUUGCCUCAGCCGUCAUCUCUUUCGUAUUGGCCCUCUUCGAAGACAGCGAAGGCUCCAGCGUCUGGACCGCUUUCGUUGAACCCUCUGUCAUUCUUUUGAUCCUCAUAGCCAACGCUACUGUCGGUGUGAUUCAGGAAAGCAACGCGGAGAAGGCUAUUGACGCUCUCAAGGAAUAUUCUCCGGAUGAAGCUAAGGUCAUUCGCUCUAGCCAGAUCAGUCGUAUACACGCAACCGAACUUGUCCCAGGAGACAUCAUCUCAGUCGCUGUCGGUGACAAAAUUCCUGCCGACUGCAGAGUGAUUUCGGUAUCCUCCAGCAGCUUCAGAGUUGACCAGGCGAUCCUCACCGGAGAAAGUACCAGUGUUAACAAGUCUAUCGAGUCUAUUGCGGAUAUGAAAGCUGUGAAGCAAGAUAUGACGAACAUGCUUUUUUCUGGUACUACCGUGGUCAAUGGGACCGCAACCGCUGUCGUUGUAUUUACGGGCCAAAAGACCGCCAUGGGUGAUAUCCAUAAAUCCAUCACUUCCCAAAUUUCCGAAAAGACACCGCUCAAACGCAAACUCGACGACUUUGGGGAUAUGCUCGCCAAAGUCAUAACCGUCAUCUGUAUUCUCGUUUGGCUUGUCAACAUCCGACACUUUUGGGAUCCUUCACAUCAUGGUGUCCUCAAAGGCGCGAUUUACUACUUCAAGAUUGCUGUCGCAUUGGCUGUAGCAGCUAUUCCGGAAGGAUUGGCCGCGGUUAUCACUGCUUGUUUAGCCUUGGGGACACAAAAAAUGGCUAAAAAGAAUGCAAUUGUCCGCAACCUUCCCAGUGUCGAAACACUCGGCUGCACGAACGUUAUUUGUUCCGACAAGACUGGCACUUUGACCACCAAUCAAAUGAGCGUGUCCAGGUUCGUUGUUGUUGAUGGUACCGGUGCUCUACGCGAAUAUACCGUCGAAGGGACGACCUUCUCUCCCCAUGGAAAUAUUUUGACUGCGGGCGGGAAGCCAGCUGGUGCAGAAUUACAGUCAGAUGUUAUCUAUCGAUUGGCGGAAAUUGGCGCUAUCUGCAAUGACUCGAAAAUCGUUUACCACAGCGAGAAGGAUUCGUAUGCAAAUGUCGGAGAACCAACUGAGGCUGCAAUCAAAGUUCUUGUCGAAAAGAUUGGUUGCAGAGACUUGGAACUAAUGAAAUCUCUACCGUCGCUAUCUCACUCAGUUCGCGCCAGCGCAGUCAACGAAUAUUUUGAACGCAAUAUUCAACGUCUUCUCACGUUCGAAUUUUCACGAGACCGCAAGAUGAUGUCUGUGCUCGUAAAAUCUGAUCAAGUGGGCUCGUUGUUCGUCAAAGGUGCUCCAGAAUCUGUGUUAGAACGCUGUACUUCUAUUUUGGUCGACGAGAAAAUUAUCCCUUUCACCCCAGAGAUCAAGGAAUCUCUUUUGCAAACGACAGUCACGUACGGUGGUCAUGGCUUGCGCAAUCUCGCACUUGCCUACCGCGAUGUCCAGGAUACUGAUGCCGCGCAUUAUCAAUCUGAAAGCACUCGGGACUAUUCUCGCUUCGAGCAAAAUCUCACUUUUGUGUCUAUAGUUGGUAUGCUGGAUCCUCCACGCCCGGAAGUUCGCCCCGCUGUCGCAAAUUGCAAAGCCGCCGGAAUCCGUGUCGUUUGCAUCACUGGUGACAACAAACGUACCGCCGAGACUAUUUGCAGACAAAUUGGUAUCUUCGACGAAGAUGAGGACCUUACAGGAAAGAGCUAUACUGGGAGAGAAUUGGAUGAUCUCUCCCAUGAAGAAAAGAUUGCAGCGGUCCAACGUGCUAGCUUAUUCUCCCGCACAGAGCCAGGGCAUAAAAGUCAACUAGUUGAUUUACUACAAGGACUUGGCUUGGUUGUUGCUAUGACCGGUGAUGGUGUCAACGAUGCACCUGCAUUAAAGAAAGCAGAUAUCGGUGUAGCCAUGGGCAGUGGAACUGAUGUUGCCAAACUCGCGGCAGAUAUGGUAUUGGCAGACUCCAACUUCGCAACAAUAGAAGGGGCCGUAGAGGAAGGUCGGCUGAUCUACAAUAAUACCAAGCAGUUUAUUCGCUAUUUGAUUUCUUCAAAUAUCGGUGAAGUCGUCAGUAUCUUUUUGACUGUGCUUCUGGGUAUGCCAGAAGCUUUGAUUCCGGUGCAACUGUUGUGGGUUAAUCUAGUAACGGACAGUCUCCCCGCCACUGCCCUCGGUUUCAACCCGCCUGAUCACUCAAUCAUGAGAGUACCACCAAGGAACAGCAAAGAACCUCUUGUUGGUCCAUGGUUAUUCUUCCGGUAUAUGGUGGUUGGUAUAUAUGUUGGAUGUGCGACCGUCUUUGGCUACGCUUGGUGGUUCAUAUUCUACGAGGGCGGACCUCAAAUUUCCUUCUACCAAUUGACACAUUUUCACCAAUGUUCCACUAUGUUCCCUGAAAUCGGCUGCGAGAUGUUCACAAAUGUCAUGGCUCAGCGUGCAACGACCAUCAGCUUGUCAAUUCUUGUCACCGUGGAAAUGUUCAAUGCUAUGAACUCGCUCUCUGAAAAUGAAAGCUUGUUGAGGCUUCCUCUGUGGAAGAACCCAUUCCUUGUAGGCGCCAUCGCCUUGAGUAUGGCUUUACACUUUAUGAUUCUUUACACACCGUUCUUCACUACCUUGUUCGCGAUUACACCAUUAAAUUGGCCUGAAUGGAAAGCUGUCCUCUACUUCAGCGCUCCUGUCGUCUUAAUAGAUGAAGUUCUGAAAUUUAUAACGGCGUCGUACGUAGACCCUCCUUCAAAAGUCAAGGUGGAAUGAUCAUAGAUUAUCUCAUCGAUGAACAGAUCGUUUUUCACAGCGCAUGUAUAAGUACAUACAUAUAUACAUAGAACCCAGUCUUCAUCUUAAUAUAAAAGUGCUUGUAGAAUUAUAA